UGACAUCUGGCGGUGAUUAGUCCAAAGGUCACUCCAAAAUUUUUUGGAGUUUAGUGGGGGUUAAUUUCAAAGCACGUGCUCAAAGAAAAUGUCUAAAUCACAUUAGUUCUUUUAACAUAAGAAGUAUAUUUUUUUUUGUUAUAUCAAAAAAAUAAUUAAAUAUUAUAGUGUGUUCCAAGGCGCUUCGUUAAUUUUUGAAAACGAUUACAAAAUAAUGGCCCUAGGAGCGUCUGUAACAGAAGCGAAAUUCGAUGCACAGAGUUUGGACUCAAAAUCCGAUACAGCGGAAAAAAAUGUUGAAGAUGAAAAAGCACAAGAUAACAAAGUAGCCAAAGAAGAACUAAACAAACUUGUUAAAGAUAAAGAAGAAAAGGAAAAGGAUGAAUCUGAAGAAAACAAAAAUAAAGAUGAGGUAGUUUUUAUACAGGAUGUUGGGUUUUCAGUUAAAAUUGUCAGCCCAGGGGCUGAAGCUUUUGAUAUACAGGUCUCCAGUAUGGAAUUGGUUCAAGAAAUUCACCAACUACUAAUGGAUCGCGAGGAUACGUGUCAUCGCACAUGUUUCUCCCUACAAAUCGAUGGAAACACAUUGGAUAAUUUUGCGGAACUCAAAAACAUUGAAGGCUUGAAAGAAGGAUCUAUUAUAAAAGUUGUUGAGGAACCCUACACAAUGCGUGAAGCCAGAAUACAUGUUAGACACGUCAGAGAUCUGCUCAAAUCGUUAGAUCCUGCCGACGCUUACAAUGGGGUCGAAUGUAAUUCAUUAAGUUUUUUGAAUACCGUUACUCAAGGUGAUAUUUUAGAAAAGAAAAAAAUGCGUCCGGAAAGCGUAGAUUGUACCCCUCCGGAUUACAUAAUGCCGGAAAGCAAAGAUAGACCGCUAACCGCUUUGCAGCCCCAAAUCAAAGAGCAGAAAUCUCCACAAUGCGUCAAAGUUUUGACCACGUCUGCUUGGAAUCCCCCACCAGGACAUCGAAAAAUCCACGGAGACCUCAUGUAUCUGUACGUUGUUACAUUGGAGGACAAACACUAUCACAUAUCCGCCUGUUCGCGAGGAUUUUACAUCAACCAAUCCGGUUCGGAAGAAUUCAAUCCAAAAGCAGCAACGCCCAGCCACUUAUGUCACUCGUUGAUAGAACUUUUAAAUCAAAUUUCGCCGCAAUUCAAGAGGAAUUUCGCAAUGCUCCAGAAAAAGAGAAGCCAGCGUCAUCCUUUCGAACGAGUAGCAACGCCGUAUCAGUUGUACGCCUGGACCGCUCCCACCAUGGAGCACACGUUGGACGCUAUUAGAGCCGAGGAUACGUUUUCCUCAAAACUGGGCUACGAGGAGCAUAUCCCCGGCCAAACCAGAGACUGGAACGAAGAGCUGCAAACCACCCGCGAACUUCCCAGGAAAACUCUGCCUGAAAGACUGCUGCGCGAACGUGCCAUAUUCAAAGUCCAUAGUGAUUUCGUAGCGGCCGCCACCAGAGGCGCCAUGGCCGUCAUAGACGGAAACGUGAUGGCCAUCAAUCCAGGCGAAGAGGCCAAAAUGCAGAUGUUCAUUUGGAAUAACAUCUUUUUCUCGCUCGGAUUCGACGUUAGGGACCAUUACAAGGAGCUGGGUGGAGACGCAGCUGCUUUUGUUGCACCGAGAAAUGAUCUCCAAGGAGUAAGAGUAUACAGCGCCGUAGAUUUACCCGGCCUUUACACGCUCGGUACGGUAGUUAUAGAUUACAGAGGUUACAGAGUCACAGCCCAAUCAAUUAUACCAGGUAUUCUUGAAAGGGAACAGGAACAAUCUGUCGUUUAUGGUUCUAUAGAUUUUGGAAAAAGUGUAUUGACUCAUCCUAAAUAUCUAGAUUUAUUGAACAAAGCGGGACAACAGUUAAAAAUAUUACCGCAUCAUGUUAUUAACGAUAAAAACGAAUCUGUAGAGCUGUGUUCUAGUGUCGAAUGUAAAGGAAUCAUCGGAAACGAUGGUAGAUACUAUAUUUUGGAUCUAUUGAGGACGUUCCCGCCAGAUGUCAACUUUUUAAAACUGGAAGGUGAAGAUUUGAGUCGAGAAGUAAAACUGCUCGGUUUCCCGAUCGAGCACAAACACAAACUCUGUUGCCUGAGACAGGAAUUAAUCGACAGCUUCGUCGACUCUAGAUACAUGAUGUUCAUCAAAUACGCCGCCUAUCAUUUGCAACAGUUAAAUCUCAAAAAGACUGAAGAAAAACUCAACAAACCCUCGGAGAGCGCCAAGGCCAUCGAGGAUAACAAACCACAAGACAAUAAGGAAUCUGAAGAAAUCAGCAAAGAUAAGGACACCGAAAAGGAUAACGCGGAGGAUAAGAAGAGUCAGUUGGAAGACGACGAGGCUAAAAAGAUCGUCGAGAGUAUAACUGACGGCAGCAAGUUGGAGCUAGAAGAGAGCACCAAAAAUAUCGUUAAAACAGCAUCAAUGGCCGUGGGCUCGCUAAAGGACACAGAGUUCGAUAUCAGAUUUAAUCCCGAUGUAUUUUCGCCUGGAAUUCGACACUGUCCUAACUCAGAUCCGCCGAUGCCUAAGCAAAAGCAAUUGAUCAAAGAUGCCGCCGAGUUUUUGCUGACCGUCCAAAUACCCACUUUCAUUCGGGACUGUUUGGAUCAUUCUUCGGCACCGAUGGACGGGACUACGCUGUCAGAGGCGCUUCACAAUAAGGGUAUCAACAUUAGAUAUUUGGGAAAAGUUACGAAUUUGCUGGCGAAAGUCAAACAACUCGAGUACUUGUAUAGCAUCUCCGUUUCGGAGCUGAUUCUGAGAUCAGCAAAACAUAUUUUUACCAUAUAUUUACAGAGUUGCGAGAUGAUGAAUUUAUCAGUGGCCAUUGCUCAUUUCUUGAAUUGCUUUUUGUAUUCCGGCACCGUGGUGAAUCCAUUGCAAGGUCAGGAUGAGGUAAGUUAA